ACAAAAGCCACGUGUCCUCUUCUUAAACGGCUUGGAACCCUCUCGAGCCUUCCUUCUUAAUCACGAAGCUAUAUAAUCUUGAUGCAAAACAGUCACUAAUUCCAACAACAAAUAAUAUUCAUUCGUAGGGGAUUUAGCGACCAGAAUAUCUGUCGUUACACACUCGUUCGGAUUCGGACUCGAUAAUCUUGAAAAACAAUGAGCAAUCGCAUCAAAUUGUCAAUAUUCGUCGUAUGUUCUUUGUUGUUUUAUGCCUCUGUAACAUCAAAAUCACUCGAUCCUUAUAAGAUACUAGGAGUCGAAAAGGAUGCAACUCAGAGGCAAAUUCAGAAAGCUUUCCACAAGCUCUCUCUUCAAUAUCAUCCUGAUAAGAACAAAAACAAGGGGGCUCAGGAGAAGUUUGCUGAAAUAAAUAAUGCGUACGAAAUUCUAUCGGAUGAAGAAAAAAGAAAGAAUUAUGAUAUGUUUGGGGAUGCAAGGGGAAGUCCAGGAUUCGAUAGCGGGGAUGGUGGAAGCCGCGGCGAGCAUACCUUCUUCAGAAGCGGUGGGCCAGGACAAAGCGGGUUUACAUUCUCGCCUGAUGAUUGGCAAACAAUGGGUGGUCAACAGGGUGGUUCAAAAUCAUAUUCAUUCUCCUUCGGUGGAAAUAGCGGCGGGAGUUCAUUUGGUUUUGACAUAGGUGAUGUUUUUUCAAACUUUUUCGGUGGUGGUGGCGGCAUGAGUGGUGGUGGAAGUCAGUUUGGUAAUUCAGGAGGGUCGCGUACAGGUUCUCGGAGUUCUCCGAAGAGCAGCGUAACCUCCGUUAAUUCUCAGAUUUAUAAGAAACAAGUAAUUGAUAAAGGAGUCACUUGGCUUUUAUUAUCUUACACUCCGUUAAUGAAAGGGAUGCAGCACUAUGAAUCCAUCAUAGAGGAAGUUGCUAGCUCACUAAAAGGCGCUUUAGACGUUGGAAGUGUGAAUUGUCAAGUAGAAUCGUCUUUGUGUAAGGAACUUGGUAUUCACCCUCGGAAUAGACCGCGAGUCUACGUUUAUUCAUACAAAGCAAGUGAAAGUGGUUCAUUGCUUGAGUACACCGGUGAUGUAACCGUUAGAGAUUUGAAGUCAUUUGUUCAAGAUCAUCUGCCAAGGUUCUCAAAACGUGUCACGUGGGCCCACUUUGAGGCAGAAUCCGGGACUAUAGGAUCUUUACCUAAAGUCAUGCUUCUUUCUACUAAGAAAGAUACCCCUGUUAUAUGGCGUGCACUUAGUGGCUUGUACCGCAAACGUUUUGUCUUCUAUGAUACACAGGUACAAGAUGCUUCUGAUCCUGUGGCAAAAAAACUAGGUGUCAAUGAAGUUCCAGCGGUCGUUGGUUGGCUAUCGAACGGAGAGAAGCAGGUUCUGAAAACAGGGAUCCAUGUGAAAGAUAUGAAAUCGACAAUUAAGGAAUUUAGUAACAUACUAGACGCGUUUGAGAAAAAGAACAAGAAGAUAGCGGCAGCUUCAUCUCAGGGCAAGAAACCAAAUGCUGACUCAGCAACAGAGAAAGAACCGGUGGUUCCUUUGUUGACAGGCACAAAUUUUGAUGCAAUAUGUGGGGAAAAAACACCCGUUUGCAUAAUUGGCGUCUUCAGAUCAUCUAAAGGAAGGGAAAAACUUCAUACGAUACUCUCAUCCGUAUCACAGAAGUCGCUAGUAAGGAACCCGAGGGAUUCGGUUUCGUAUGGUCUUUUGGAUGCUUCAAAUCAAUCGUCAUUCCUAUACGCGUUCGACAAAUCAGGGUUCAAAUCAUCAGACCGGCUCUUGAUCGCCUACAAACCCCGGAAGUCGAAGUUUUCAGCGUAUACAGGAGAUAUGACAUCCGAGGAAGUCGAAAAGUUCAUCGGUUCGGUUCUUAAUGGUGAUGUACAGUUUAGUAAGACAAGGCAAAAACCCACAUUUAAGUGAACAUUUUUUUAGUUUUGUUUUGAAAUGUGGAUGGAUGUAGAUGACAAAGAGUAAAACCCUUUUGUGACAUAGCCAAGAAAUACAAAUAUAAUGCUUAAAGUUUGGUCC